AUGCAUCCAUCUGCAGCAUCGAAUAUAGCUGUGUCUCCAACAGAUGUCAAUAUUCCAGAUCCAAAGCUUGAUGAUCCAGGCAGAAAACUGGAGACAAAAAUGGCACAAACCAAUCCUCAUAGCAAGCAAUCCGUACCCCCCGAGAUCCUAAAUCAUAUCCUCGAGCUUAUGAUAGACGAUGACGCGCACGAUAACAAACCCACCAUAAUUUCCAUCGGUCUCACGGCUCAUGUCUACUGGGAUUUUCUAAAAACCAAGUACCCGAUGCAAAAGUUAUCUCCUAUCUCAUCAUGCUUUCAAAGUUCCCCCUACCACGCUUUUGCGACCGGACCUUUUCUCAAGCUAAAUGAAAAGAGACAACUCACAACAAUGCUGAAGACAUGGGUAGGCCCGGAUUAUCGCCCAGUUUCAGAGACGUUCCUCCGCAAGACGAGCUGUAUCGCCUGUCAAAUCAUGUUCUUGCGCCGUGACACAUACGGAGAUGAACCCGACGUGGAACUCAGUCAGACCAAAGAAAAGGAUUUGAUAAAGAGACUUCGGCUUUGGAGAGAUUUUCCAGUCUCGAAUUGGCCAUCCAACAUUCCUUUUCGUUCACCAAUGCUCAGAACAUUACCAAACCCAUAUGGAAUGGGUAUGGAAUGGUAUCCGACAGCGGCAAGAGAUAUGAAAAACAUGAUGUGCUACUGGGGUGGAUAUGACUUGGCAGGUUUGCAGGAUGAGUGGGACGACGCGCAAUUCAUAUUAUUGUCUGGGUAUCAUGGGACGUGCUUGUGGAGAUGGGUGCAUAAAGACGACGAAAAGGAUGUUCCAGAGACGAAAAUAUUGAAGGAGCAGUUGAGAGAAUUUGAGGUGAGGAUUUUGGAGCCUAUCGUGGGGGUCACGUAUCAUCUGGAUGAAGUUAUGCCAGAGUGGCGAUGA